CUGGCGCAUACAGAAUCAAAUCAUAACCAAUACAAUAUAUGACAACCGCCUACUAUAUUCAAACAGCAGUCUUCUGCGCAUCUUGAAUUUGUAUCCCUGGAGUGGAUGUUAUUUUGGAACAUUCAACUGGUCAAAGUGAGCUAACUGAUUCUUUAGCAAUAAACUGUGGUACUACCAACUAAUUAAAAUGUCCCUAAUUAAGCUAAUAAUCCAAAAAUGCCACGAAUAUUCACGAACAUUCAUGAACGUACUCAUAUUACUAAAAACACGAAAAAUGUAUUUUAAAUCCCUGUCCACUGCAUGCGCACAUCUGAAUUCUUAUAUUAUAUAUAAAUCACCACAAAGCAGUGGCGGCUUGUGGCCACUAGCGGCAGUGGGGCACACAUUGGAAAGGAAUCCUGGGAAUCGUUUUUCCCUUAGGAAAACAAGUUCAUCGCUUAAUGAAAAUUAAAUAUAUUUCAAAACAAUCAGUUGGGGGAAUAACGAUUUCUGAAUGUGACUACAGGGAGCUAAAUGUGACCAAUCAAAGUGCAUUUAACUAUGAAUGUGGCUAUUUAAUCAAAAAAUCAUUACAUAUCCACUCUUGCGAAAUUUGCGUAAAUUUCUCAGAAGAAUGCAAUUUACUUAACAAUUCUAACUUGUUAACGCAUUUUAAAGCAUACGACUCUGAAGAAAAGGUGUUUGGAAAUUUAAAAUCUCCCAGCGAAAAAUUUCUCUUUUAUAUUUUCAAAUUAGAAAAAAAAUGUAUAUCUCUAUUUGAUAGUUUGUCAACUAAGCCUGGAAUUUCCAACGCAUACCUUUUUGAGAUGAGCAACAUAGAAUUUGGUCAUCCUUGCCAACAAUUUGCGAAAAUGUACACCAUUAAAUUAUUUAUAAGACUCAGAAUUUUUUAUAAUCUUAAAUAUGCAAACAGAGAUUUGAAAUCCUCGAAAAAGUCAGACAAAACCAGAAGAAAAAUUAAAAUUUUGUCCCGUUUAUAA